GCUGAUGACCGGUUUUUUGGUUGUUUUUGGCGAAAAAACUCUGAAAUUCAAGUGAAAAUAUCACUUUAAAAUGGAUCCGAAACGCAUCACACUCGAUUUGACGCAGAUUUUUCAAGAUUACCGCAAGAAAGCGUUCGUUUUGAUCAGACCACAGUGGAAAAAUAUCGAAAGUCUUCACAGUCACAUCAUUAAUUUGUUUGGAUUGGAACACUACAUUUACCUGACAAAUUCUGACGGAAUUGUGUAUCCAGCUGCCGAAAAUCCAGACGUCAUUGAUCAAAACGAUACCGUAGUUGUUCAUAAAAUCACUAAAGACCAACUUUUGGCACCAAAUCCUCAGAAAUUGACAACUAAAAGCGAUGAUUGUCAAUUAGUUGAGCCUCAAAGCUCGUCUUCUGGCUCAGAAUCGGACGAUGAAGCAUCAGCUCUCGAUAGAAUCAAGAAAAAAGUUGUUGAAUUAAAGAAACAGCAGCAGCAGAAAGUGUCGCAGGCACCUCCAUCAGCAUUAAAUGACGCCGUUGUCAAACGGAAACGUAAAAGAGUGAGAAAACGCAAGCCGAAACAGAGCGAGAAACGUUCAUGUCCGUCAACGUCAGCUUCAAAAUUGAAAAAUGAGCCAUCAAAAACGUGGUUAAGCGACGCUAGGAACGUUCAUUUGAGAUUUAGUGACAAUGCAAGUAGUUCUGAGACCAGCUCCGAGACUGAAAGUGACUCAAAUGACGAGAAACCAUCAAGACCUUGCAAGUUCAAGGCUGAAACUGAAGUGCCAGCGAGAAAAAUUCGUCCCGUGGUUCGUUGUUGGGACUCACAAUCGCAAAAUUAUCGUCCGAUCGAAGAUGAAAUUGAUUCGAGUAACGUUCCAGUUGAAAGAUCCACGCUGCCAAAUUUACGAAUUGACCCUCCAUCGAACGACGUUCCAAUAAUCGGCCCAAUUUUACCGGAAAACACCACAGAUUGUCUCUCAGAAGCCGAAGUGCCAACAGUUCCUCCAGUUUCGACACCAAAAACUGCGUUGCCCUCAAAAAUGGAGUCACUUGAGGAGUUACGUAAAGAAAUUGCGCAUUUAAAUUUGCCAGUUGUCGAUCAAAAGUCGCCCAAUUUGAAAGUUUCCGACACAAUUGCCUUCAAAUUGCUCCGAAUGGAUGAUCAGUGUCAGCCAACCAUCUCGGAUUACAUCAUCGGGUGCAUUGAAAAGGCAAAUACGGACUUUAGUGAGAUGACAAUUCGACUGUUGGCGGGCAAAAGUGAAGUUGGAUCGCGAAUAUGCUCGACGGUGAUAACGGAAGAGAAUGAAAUUGGAGUUGUGGAAGAUGAUCACAUCGAAGUUUCGUUCAAGGAGCUGUAUGAGCCACGUUUUUGUUUGUUUACGAUGUAAAAGUGAGGAAAAAAGUUGAAUGAAAUAAAAAAUUUUCGGUGAAAAUGUAAAAAUGUGGUGAAAAAUUUUUCGUGAGCUUAAACGCAAAUUGUUCUAUUUUUGGUAAUUUUGAAAUUUUUUAAAGUUUUCCACGAUAUUUUCGAUUUUUAAAAAGAAAAUGUUUCCCGGUUUUUUUAUAAAUAUUUUCCUAAUACCUAUUAGUCGAUUUUGCCUAAA